AACCAAUGACUGUACAUCACCUAUUGUGAUGUCACGCAAUCCUUUCAUCUCCCGUGCAAUUUCUAUUAGCACUUACCAACGGGCGAAUGAUAUAUGAUGAAUGGGCUGAUUUUGCGAUUUGUGCAAGAAUCGGCAAACGCUGUCGCCUGUGUGCAGGGCUAAACUAUCACGCCAACCGGCGAAGUAGUUGGCUUCCGCGUUCGAAGCUGCAACAAGCACACCCCUCCAAUGUGGCGCCAGUUUUUGGCGUGAACUGUUGCAGCUAGCAAGGCACUUCUACCAGUACCAGUCUGCCAUCGGAAACAAACGCGGAGCUCAAUAGGUUGUUGGUACCUGUCACGUAUAGGCCUAUAAAUAUGAAUACAGAUCAUAACGAGUAAUAAUGGAUUGAGGAAUAAUAUUCAGCAAUAACGGAUCACAUUACAGUUUGAAUCUGGCAGCACAUCUCAUUCUCAGCUGUUGCACGCACAAGGAUUACAUGUAUAUUGUAUUCAACAUCGUUUCACAAACUGGAUUGCCCAUUGUAUAAACUGACAAUUUCGGCCUAUUUUACAAAGUUUUAUUUGUUUAGAAGGAGAGGAUAUAAGGACAAAUAUGGUGAACCCGGAGGACUCCAACGGCAGCGCUCGACCCAGGAGAACCCCAGGAGCCAAUGCAGCUGCUGCCUAUCUUCCUGCAGGCGUAUCAUUAAGUGCCCGGGCCACACCCGUACAGUAUCAGCCCAAUAAUGGAGGAGCUGCAAGGAGACCGUCCAACACCAGCUCUGUGGCAGCACACCUCCCACCGGGAGUGGCUAGCGCCAGGGCUACUCCGAUGGCUACCCCGAGGGCUACCCCAGUCCAACAUUACCAGCCCAGCAAUCCAAGCAACUCAAGGAGACCAUCUAAUACAAGUUCGGCAGCCGCAUACCUCCCCCCGGGCGUAUCACUUGGUUCUCGAACCACGCCCAAUCCCUACCAACCCAGUAGCGGCAGGACCACGCCCAGGAAUAUGUUCGUACCAAUAAGUGGGCGGAGCACUCCUAUGCCUGACAGCGGGCGCACCACACCCAUCUCGAACCUACCUCCCAGUGGUCGGGCCACGCCCGCAUCGUAUGCCCCUCCCAGUGAGAGAGACACGCCCACAUCUAUCCGUCCUGUGAAUGGGAAAGCCUCCCCGGUUUCGGUGCACUCGGUUACAUAUGAUACCCGGAAUCGGUCGGUGUCUCGCUCGAGAGAACCGCCUGCACCCGCGGUUCGGACUGUAUCUAGAGAAAUUUCUAAGAAAGAAAAGGAGAAGCCGUCAAAGCCUCCAUCUCGUCCUCCAAGUAUUCCAGAUGUGACCGAUGGCGGGGGUGAGAAGGAGUUUGAAGGGGACGAGAACGAGGAGCGCGGUAACUGGAGCAACAAGAUGGACUUCGUCCUGUCGUGUCUCGGGUAUGCCGUGGGCCUGGGAAACGUCUGGAGGUUCCCUUACCUGGCCUACCGAAACGGAGGAGGUGCGUUCUUAAUUCCCUACACAAUAAUGUUGUUUUUCGCUGGUCUACCGCUUUUCCUGAUGGAAGUAUCGUUUGGCCAGUACUGCAGUUUGGGUCCCAUCUCAAUAUGGAGGUCCGUGCCGAUCGCCAGAGGCAUCGGCUACUGCCAAAUGUUCACGGCCUGCAUCCAAGGCGUGUACUACAACGUCAUCAUCAUGUACACCGUCUAUUACUUCUUCGCGUCGUUCACCAGUAAACUCCCCUGGAUCGGGUGCGCCAAUCCCUGGAACAAUGUCCGGUGCUACGACCUCUACAACGACUGCGUCGACAACGGGGGCAUCAUCGCCACCAACGGGAGCUGUCUCCACCUCGACUCCCUCAACGAUACUACUCUUAGUUUUUACAACGUAACGAGUAACCUGGGAGGUUAUAAUCUCUCUGGUUACACCGAUCCGCUGGGAGGGAAAAGGGAGCUUGCCAGUGAACAGUAUUGGAAAAAUGCCGUCCUCCAAGAGUCGGACACAAUGAACGAGCCUGGUGGUGUCAUCUGGCAGCUAGCGUUGUGUCUACUUGUUGCUUGGAUUAUAGUCUUAUUAUGCCUUGUCAGAGGAAUCAAAUCUUCCGGAAAGGUUGUGUACUUCACAGCUACCUUCCCUUACGCCGUUCUCUUCAUUCUUCUUAUUCGUGGUGUGACGUUACCAGGGGCAGGAGACGGGAUUCGUUUCUUUACCGUCCCAGACUUCAGCAGACUAAGCGAUGCAAAGGUUUGGCAGGAUGCAGCUAUCCAGAUUUUCUAUUCCCUCAGUGCAGCCGGAGGUGGUCUAGUCACCUUGUCAUCUUAUAACAAAUUCCACAACAACUGUUAUUUUGACUCGUUGUUUGUGGCCAUUGCCAAUUGUUGCACCAGUGUUUUUGCCGGUUUCGUGAUCUUUUCCAUCGUUGGUUUCAUGGCUCACGAACUCAACCAGCCUGUCGAAACCGUAGUUCAACAAGGAUUUGGUCUUGCGUUCAUCGCCUACCCGGCCGCAGUAGCCCGCAUGCCCGUCUCCCCUCUCUGGUCAUUGCUAUUCUUCGGCAUGCUGAUAACACUCGGACUGGACAGUCAGUUCGCUAUCAUGGAAAAUCUGGUGACGGCCAUUGUGGACGAAAUACCUCGGCUCCGUAAGAAGAAGACGUACGUGCUGAUGACUGCAUGCGGUAUCAUGUAUAUCAUGGGAUUCAGCUGUAUUACUCAUACGGGGAGUUACUGGGUGUCCCACCUCGACAGUUACGGCGCCUUCUUCAAUUACAUCAUCUACGCGCUGCUGGAGUGCAUCGCGCUGGGCUGGAUCUACGGGGUCAAACGUCUCCAAAACGACAUUCGAACCAUGGUAGGAGACAGAUGGGUCGGCCACUGGUCCUUUAUGUGGUGGCCACUAAACUGGGCCGCUUUCACGCCAGCCCUCAUGUUGUUCGUCCUUAUGUUCAACUUCUUAAACUGGCAAGAGCCGAGUUAUAACGGACCCUUCCCUCCCUGGGCCCGGGCCAUCGGGUGGAUGGUGACGACCUGUUCAUUGAUCUGGAUUCCCGUCGUGAUCAUCUACGAGUUCCUCAUGGAAGAAGGAACAUUCAUGGAGCGUUGGCGUCUGAUUGCGAACCCCAUAGACACUUGGGGUCCCGCCCUUUCUCAGUUCCGCCUGGAGUCCUGGAAGGUGCAUCAUCGAAACGGAACUACGAUGGGCGGCCGCCUCGACAUCGACGGCAGCGGUCGCCGGUGGCAACCCGGUGAAGUCACGUUCGACGAGGACGACGACGAGAAAGAAGUCGGCACGAUAGAAAACGGAGAUCAGCCCCCUUCUUAUGAAUUAGCGAAUCCCCUUUAACGGAUGUCUACAGAAGUUAGCGUAGGCAGUCCGCCGAUUCAAUUUGAAGACUGGUACACGCAUUCAAAGAUGAAUUUUACCUGGGAUGAUGCCUAAAUUACGGAGCAGACCGUAAUAAGAUAUGUUAUGCGUUUCUGUGGACCUUGAUGAUUUUGACAUUGCGCUACAGAACGGCGAAGACCUCAGAAUCCCACAAAUGAGAGGGCUUUCAUAAUGAGAGCGCUCAUCUAGCAUUUAUAGGUCUUCCGACUCCAUCACGGGCGAUUUUCAUUAUCAAGGAAUAGAAAACUCCGACUAACUUUUAGCUCUUUAAGGAAUAAUUUUGCAAGGAACUGCAUCUCCCGCUCUCGAUUGAACUCGUUGUACCGUUAAGCCAGGAUCGUGCAUCGUAAGUGCUUUGACCCGAGCAUUUGAAAGAGCGCCUCCAUUCGGUCAAAGCCCUGUUCGAAGCAAAGAGAAUAUGACAUUUUAUCUCGAUAGAUAAUGCCUAUUUUGGGGGUUGGUCAGUGGCACCAUUUAAGCCAAGACAAUCCAUAAAACCCCCAGAAAUACAGUGAUGUUUUUUAAAAGCCGUAAUGCCUAUUUUGUAUCAAAUAAAUAUAAUGACUUAUAGAUUAGUUGUUUUUAUAAUCAAAUAUUUUCUAACAUUGUAUAGCUAACUAUAGAACUUUCACAGAAGAAUGUAAAUUUUACAUGAUGCCAUGCUUUUUUAUGAUGCACAAAGAAUGGUUAAAUAUUCUUUAGUUUUCCAGAAAGUGUUUUUACUAGAGGUUUUCAAGCAUUUGUAAGUUUAAUUUGCUUGUGACAUGUAUGGAUUAAGUCUAAAGAUGGGCUUUCCCGAGGUCUUUCAUGUAUUUUAAAUGACAUGUCUCCCUCCCUCUUUUAAUCAAUAACUUAGGCGAAUUUCUAAUUGCAUUGUACAUAAUACAUAUAUGGAAAUAAUAUUUACUUUUUUGUUAUUGCAUUUUCCCCGCUUCUUAUUUGCUUCAUGUUUGUUUACAUUCCUUUCAUGGAAAAUGUUUUUUUAACCAUUUAUUGUUCAUGUUGAUGUUUUCAGCGAAAAUCAAAUCGUUGAUUUAGAAUCAUUCAUCAUACACAGGGUACUCAAUGACUUUUAUGAGAAUAUUUUAUAACAUUUUUAUUGACUUUUUGUGAGGUUGUCUUUGAAAGAAAGCUUUAUAACCAAAAGCGAAUGCGAAAUUAUGAGGUGCUUUGAGUAAUGUGUAAUGGCUGUUUUCUAUAUCUCUCGUGCACUUUUCAUUUUAUUUUUUAAACAAAAUAUUAGAUUUUCUUCGGUUUGUAUACUUAUGUACAUUUAUGUGAAGACAGAAUAUUCCGCCUUUUCACACGAUAAAAAAAAUCGUAUUUUGAAUGAUGAUUCCAGUGCCAAAUAAGGCUAAUGGCGAAUAUUUAGCACGUGUGAAGCCAAACAAAAACAUGAUUAGGAUUAUGAACGCCUGCAAUCAUCAUUACAAUGAUGGUUCCAGAUUUACGUGUGAAAAGGCCCAUUUUGAUACCAAGCGAGAGUCCAAAUAUCUCGCCAAGUUAAAAUACACAUUUUUAUAAGUCAACUUGGCAAGAUAACGUAUCUCGCCAUGUCGACAAAUAACCUUUUAUAAGUCGACUUGGCGAGAUAACAAAUCUCGCCAUGUCGACAUAAUAAGGUUAUUAUGUCGACAUGGCAACUUAAAGUAUCUCGCCAAGUCGUCAAGUCGAUGGCACCUUAAAGGCUCCAAAUGAGAAACAUUAUUUUUUGUCAGUCGACGUGGUUGCGACAGUAAUUUUGAUGAGGAACGAACGCAACAAAAAUCAGGCCUAAAAAUACAGUGCGUCCCAGAAUAAACGAAACAGAGAUUGAUCGAUGAUUUAUCAUAACUUUUUCUACAUCAAAUUUCAUAAAUGGCCCAUCAUUUUAAAGCUUAGCGUUUCCUCUUUCAUGUAAGGAAAUCAAUAUGACCCUUACGUCAGGCAUGAGUAAGUAAAAACAGUUUGAAGGGAGGAAACCAAAAAGUCGUUUGGCGAGCUAUAUCUGAAAUUUUCUUUAAAAUUUACAUAUUCAGAAAGGUCAUUUCCUGCCCUUUCAUAUGACACCACAACCAAUAAAGAUGCCUCAGAAAUAAGAAGGUUAUGUUCAUUUUAACAAGUGCUUGCAAUUCAAUAAUUUCAUUCAGCAAACACGUUUGAUAGUCAUUUUCAGCUAGCUUGAAAAGGUCCAUGAUUAACAUCGACCAAACUGUUCCUUUCAUUACCGAUCAUCCAUGCAUACAUUAUUUUGUUACCUCUGUCUAGUGCGAGGAAAGGCAACAAUCAAACAAAUUUAUCUAAUGAAAUUAUUGAAAUGCAAGCACUGUCUCAAACGAAUAUAACUUUCUUAUUUCUGAAGCAUUUUUAUUGGUUGUGGUGUCAUAUGAAAGGGCAGGAAAUGAACCUAUCGAAUGUGUAAAUUUUAAAGGGAAUGUCAGAUAUCUGACUUUUUGAUUUCCUCUCUUUAAUUUUUAUACGUAUUCAUGCGUGACGAAUGGGUUAUACUGAUUUCAUGAAAUGAAUGAGGAGACCCUAAGCUUUAAAAUGAUGGGUCAUUUAUGAAAUUUGUUUAAAAAUAAGUAAUGAUAAAUCAUCGAUCAAUCUCGGUUUCGUUUAUUCUGGGACGCACUGUAUAAUGUAUAUUGAUGUUUGUCUAAUCUUGAUAGCCGAUGUCUACAACUCCAAGUACACAGUAA